AUGCUCGCUCUCGAUCCGUCUGCCACGCCCGACGCAUGGGCUUGGGAUAUGGAGAUGGAGGGCGUGCGCAGGUUGCACUGGCUGUUUCGCGAUCUCCGGGCCGUUGAUAGGCGGUUCUACCUCAUCGCAACCUCGAUCCUUCGCGACCGCCUCCUCCCGACCUACACCUCUCUCCUCCAAGUCCCCUCCUCCUCCCCCCUCCCUCCUCCCGGGACGGACAGCACCAACCAGCCCAUAUUCGCCGCGCGCUCUCGCGAAGCAGCCGUAUUGGACCGCUUCGUUGCCAUGCGCCUCGGGGAGGACCUGCGCCGCCUCGAGAGCACGCUGUCUGAGGACUCUGGGGAGGAGGAGGUGCUCUUCUCUCGCCUCCAGCCCGCCGCGAGGGUUGAAGACCUCCUCCUCCGCCUCCCGCGGCAUCUCAUUGCCCCUCCUCCCGUUGAUGGCAAAUGUGUUGGCGAACUGAGGCAGGCUCUACCCCUCGCCCACGCUCAUGUUGCGGUCACGCUGUCACCGCUUUGGGCGCAGUUGUGGCUCAGCUACUCACCAGUUAAUGUCCCUAAUACGAAAGGUGGGCGGGCCGGCCGUAGUCUUGUCGUCGAAGUGCGGAAGGAGAAGAACCCCGAGAACAUCGUUAGGGCGUUUGGACAGGCCCUCGAGUGGCUCCAUAACGGCCAGAUUGGAUGGGGAUGGAGUUUCCGCUCCAGCACCUAG